AUGAUCGAAAAUAAUUCUGGCAAAAAAUUUACUUGGCAAGAAUUAGCCAAGCAUAAUAAACAUGAUGAUGCAUAUGUAGCCGUCCGUGGUAAAGUAUAUGACAUCACAAAUUUUAUAGAACGUCAUCCAGGAGGCGAUGAUAUUUUGUUAUUGGCUGCUGGAAGGGAUGUUACCCAGGCUUUCGAAACUUAUCAUGAACUCGGAAAACCUGAUGUUAUCCUCAAAAAGUUUUUCGUUGGAACGCUUAUAACCAAUGAACUACCAAUCUUUCCAGAACCUAGUGAAUUUCAUCGAGCCAUGAAAAAGAAUGUUGAAGGAUAUUUCCGAAAGACAGGAAUUGAUCCAAAGAACUGCACGAACAUUUGGAUCAGAUAUGCUAUUAUUUAUGGCAUGCUUAUUGGCUCUUACUAUGCUCAAUUUUACCUACCAUACGUGGUAGAAAGGACUUGGCUACAAAUCAUAUUCGCGUUAUCUUUAGGAUUCGCAUGUGCUCAGCUUGGGUUAAAUCAAUUACAUGACGCGUCACACUUUGCGGUAACAAAUGAUCCAUUUGUCUGGAAGAUAUUGGGUGCCACCCAUGAUUUCUUUAAUGGUGCAUCUUAUCUUGUAUGGCUUUAUCAACAUGCUUUCGGCCAUCAUAUUUAUACAAAUAUCGCAGGCUACGAUCCUGAUAUUGUAACGGGUGAUCCAGAUAUAAGACGCAUAAAGCCAAGUCAAACUUGGUAUUCACGAUACAUAAAUCAACAUUUGUUUGUACCGAUACUUUACGUUUUUCUAGCUAUUAAAGUUCGUAUCCAAGACAUAACAAUUUUAUAUUUUGUUGGUUCGAACGAUAAAAUACGAGUAAAUCCUAUUACAACAUGGCAUAAUUGUGUAUUUUGGGGUGGAAAGGUAUUUUUCGUGUUAUAUCGCAUCCUCGUUCCUUUGAUGAUAGGUUUUUCAGCAUGGAAAGUUUUCUCACUAUUCGCCAUCGCUGAUGCAGUUUCAUCAUACUGGUUAGCUUUGACAUUCCAAGCUAAUCAUGUUGUGGACGAAGUAGAAUGGCCUCUUCCUGAUAAAGAUGGUCUUAUACAAAAGGAUUGGGCUGAAAUGCAAUCCGGAUUCAUAACGGCUAUUGUUGGAUCUUUGAAUUUUCAAGCUGUUCACCAUAUUUUCCCACAUAUAUCUCAACAUCAUUAUAAUAGGAUUGGUCCUAUCGUUAAGGAGACAUGCCGGGAAUUCGGAAUUCGAUAUUAUUAUAAGGAUACACUUUGGGAUGCUAUUGAAUCACAUAUCAGACAUCUUCAUUUGCUUGGCCUAAAACCAGAGGACCAUGAUAAAGCAGAAUAA